UAUUCUCAUAAUCUUAUUCAGAUUUAAUGGGCGUAAUGGCCUUUCCAAGUGUUAAAAUCUCUUUCCAUAUAGUAUUUAAAAAUGAAUCUUGAUGGAUUAGUUAGUAAUUCCACCAAAUGCUGACAGAUCAUCCAUCCAUCCAUCAAGUGGACAUGCGUCCACCCUGUUUUCUUAUUUUCUGUAUGUAUGAAAAGGUGAGAUGGGGUUGCUGUAAGGUAGAUUUUUGUGAGUGUGGUUCUACUUUCUCCAGCUUGUUUUGAGACCCUUUUUGAGUUGUUGCCAACCAUCUCAUUCCUUUUUCUUUAAUUCUCUGGUUUAUUUAACUUAACUUACAAGUAUCAUUUCUUGCUUCUUCCUUUGAGUUCUUACUUCAUCAAUCAUCUUCAUCCAUGGCUACUGAGACUGUGUCAUCAGAUCAUCCUACUGCCCUUGAGCAAGUUGAGACAAUGGAUGAAAAGAAUGUGUCCCCACCUAAGGAUAAUGAAGUGAAACCUAAAGAGGACUCUCCAAUUCCAGUGGUUGAGUCAGUAGAAAAGAUACAUACAGAGAGUGAAUCAGAGAUAAAGAAGAGUGAUGAGGAAGAGAAACUGAAAGCAGAAGAACCAGCACAAACUGUUAUUGAAGAAAUAAAAACGAAAGCUGAUGAGGAUGAGAAGCCAACAAUAGAGGGGGUAAAGAAAACUGAUCAGGCCGAGACGCCUAAAGCUGAACAACAAGCACCAGCAACCACUGUUACUGAAGAAGUUAACAAGCAUGUUGAGACUCCGGCCUCGGAUGUUACAAGAGAAGACGUUGUAGUAUUAAUCAAAGAAUCCGCCCCUGAACCUGAAGCUGAUAGUGUUCCAGAAGAAGCAGUUGAUCUUGUCAAAGGUGAAUUAGAAUCUGAAAAGGUUGAAAUUCCACAGAAAGAAUCUGAGGAAGAGCUGCAGGACAAACCAACGAUAGAAGAAUUACAGGCCAAUGAACCACAGAAAGCUGUGGCAAAAGAAGAAGAAGUUUCAGAAGCAGAACAAAAUAAGGAAACAAUUGUUGCUAAUGUAGAGGACAAACUGGCUGAAAAACCAGAGGUUAGCGAGAAGAUUGAGCAAGAACCUGCUGAGACUAAGCCUGAAAAUACAGAGGCUGUAACUGAAGUACCAUUGAAGGAGGAGGUGGGAGAGGUUGAAGAGAAUGAUAUAAAAGAUGUGAAAGCUAAUCAAGAAGAUGAGACGGAAAGUGUUGUAACUGAAGCAAAGGAAGUUGAAACAUCUGAACUUACUGAAAAAGCCCCAGAAGUUGAGAUUGCUUCCAGAGGCAUUGAACUAAUUGCUGAGAAUGGAAACAACGAGGAUGAGAUAAAUGUUACCACAGAAGCCAAUGAAGCUACUGAAGUUGAGAAGAAAGUGAAUGAGGCCACUGCUACUGUUACUGAAAAAUCAGUUGAAGAGUCUCAGAAGCCUGAGACAGAAACAAAAGUAGAAGAAGAAACUGAAGGAGAAGUUGAACCAAAGUUGGAGCAAGAGGUAAAAACAGAUGCUGCUAAGGAUGGUGAAGAAAGGAAAACUUUGGAAGAAGCUUUUAAAGAAGAAGUUCCAGCCAAGACAAAGCAAUCAAACAACCUUAUUUCCAAGAUGAAGCAAUCUCUUGUGAAGGCUAAGAAAGCAAUAAUAGGGAAGUCUCCAAGCUCCAAAUCUGAAACAAAAAAUGAAGUCACAGCCAAAUAGAAGACAUCAGCAGCAGUGAAACCAAGAAAAAACCGACAGUGAUCAUAACUUUAUUUGUUGUGUGAUUUUUCAUUCUAGUUUUCUGUCAUCAGGGGUCCUGCUAUAUUUCUCUUUUCCUCUUUGUUUGCUGCAAGUUUUAGUUAUCAUCCUAGGUAUACCAUAGUUGUGCUUUUUUUAAUCUUGCAAACUAGAAAGGGUGGUUUUCUUGAUUUCUUCAUAUUUGAUCUCUGCAUUCGAUUUGUGUAAUUGUGGAAGAACUUAUUCAAUUAAUUGGUUGGUGAUGUACAUAAAGAACUGUCACAUUUAUGAAUAUUAUUUUUGUUAUUAUUUGUCA